AUGUCCAUUAAUGGAUGCAGACCCGGAACAUGCCAUAUUCACACCUACAAAUCCAGGAACGAUGGAUCCGGUCUUUACAGCAGUAAUGGACUGACUGAUGUGUCCGGGUGGGCAAAAUGGUCAAAGACGAAGCGCGACUUCAUAGCUGAGACAAGCACAUCUGGAUGCCAUCUUUGUAUCAUAAUUGCCCAUGCCUUUGAUCCCGAAUCAGUAGCCACGUUCGCUAAGAUAGACGCCAGCGAAAUACUCAAUCUCUGCUUUUCUUACCGGACUGUCGAGCGAGAUCCGAGCGGAGGCCUAGAUUGGGGACAAAGAACACGAAUGACGAUUAACGAUAUCACACUUCAGACUCAUCUACCAGAUGAAUUUUGGUUGCAAAUACGGCCAGAAGUAGGUUGUGUUCUCAAUGAACUUCUUAUCGACUUGAGACUACGGCUGCUUCAAGAAACGGAGGGCAAGCACAUACUGAAUACCGAGUUAAGACAGCAUGCUUCGACAUUAAAUAACCAGAACCUUCAAUUAGCGUCCAAAUGGAUAAAGAAGUGUGUCCGGUCACACCACAUGUGCGGAGCCUAUCAAUCGCAGCAGUCAGGAUGGCGACCAAAGAGACUUGUUUAUGUGGGCUCAGAGUCUCAACAACCGAGACUCAUCAUCCCAUCCAAAGAUUCAGUCGCAGUUUCAUAUGUGGCAUUAAGUUAUAGCUGGGGAUCAGGCUAUAAUUUCACUCUUUCUCUCAACAAUAUUCACGACUUCCAGAAAGAAAUCCCGGCUGCAAGUCUACCAAACACCAUCCAAGACGCAAUCACCACCACCAAAACUCUCGGCUACGAAUAUAUAUGGAUUGAUGCCCUUUGCAUCAUUCAGGAUUCAAAAGAAGACUGGAUAGAGCAGUCCUCAAAGAUGGGCGAUAUAUACGGUUCGGCAGCUUUCACCCUCGCUGCAGCUGGAAACCCAAAUGUCAAAGACAAAAUGUCCUGUCGCAGGGAUCCACGUGCCAUUCGACCUUGCGUUGCAAAUAUCAACACGACAUACCCAGGACUCAGUUACCCAUGGGCGAUAUACCCCAAUCAACCAGAACGCCUACUGAUCAGCACUAUCAACGAAAGCCCGCUCAGCCGGCGUGCCUGGGCAUUACAAGAGCUUCUUGUGUCGCCGAGGACCUUGUUAUUCGGGCCAAAGCAAAUGGUGUGGUCUUGCACAACUGUAGAAGCAAGUGAAACAUUUCCCUUGGGUCUCGAUCCCAAGUUCAGUACACCGUUGAACGAAGACACCAGCCUGUCGCAUCUUCGUCAAAAGCUUAUGAGAAUGUCAAAAGAAGAUGAGUCACCGUCUGAAUUUUGGGAUAGCUUUCUCUUCAGAUAUACUAGAGCGAAGUUGACUGUCGGUUCUGAUACCUUGGUUGCUUUACAGGGGAUCGUCGAAAGGAUCAUCACAAUAGCUGGGACCAACCCCAGUCCGGAAGGUGUUCCGAGAACAAUAGAUUAUGUGGCAGGCCUUUGGCACGAUCGCAACUUUCAACGCAGUCUUCUGUGGCGUCCAAAAUCCGGCUUACCCCGUCACCGUCCUGACACUUACCGUGCUCCCUCGUGGAGCUGGGCUUCACUAGAUGGCGAAAUCGACUCUUACGAUGAAUAUGUCCCUUGGAUUUGGAAUCACAAGGACGCCGAACUGGCGAGUAUUGUGGAUAUUUCCAUCGAACCUCGAGAUAUCCAUGGAUCCAUGCCUACUGGCAAGGUCACAGGUGGACAUCUCGACAUGAAGUGUUACCUACGGCCAUGUCAUCUACUCAAGAUCUCGAGCGCAACCGAAUCAAAAACGGAUGAAGAAUUAUCUGACGCUUUAAUCCUCACCACUGAACAGUACCAUAGAUGUAUCGAAGAUUCCUCCCUCGAGAGUUUUAAAGACAGGAGGGAUCCAAGCAAAGGGUUACCCAAAUUUGCCAAUUCAUGCAUAUUGGAUUCUUCAGAUGAGAUAACAGACUCAAACUGGAUACAGGUUUAUUGCGUUCCGCUGCAGUUAGCUUGGCGUCAGACCGAUCGCUAUGAGCAGUCGAUUUGGGAAAGCUACGAAGGUCUGGUCCUGAUAUCUACGGACAACGACUCUUCUCAUAGAACUGGCACAGAUUCCGAAGAUGCCCCGAAUCGUCUAGAUCCUUCGCCAGUUACACAAACCUUCCGUCGAAUUGGCACAUUCACUUUCAACCUACAAGAAGAUAAUCGAGAAGCUAGGGAGAAUGACCUUUUCGGCCCAGUUACUUAUUACAAGGACAAUGCACCAUCAAGAGAAACAGAAUCAAUUCGCAUUAUAUAG